AUGGGAGAGUCGAUAUCUCUCCUAUUGGUCAUGAUGAGCCCAUACACAUAUCUCUCUGACUCCUUUUAUCCGAAAUUAAGCAAUUUGCUUGAUAGCAUUCUCCAAGGCCCUAACAUUUGCGCCUCGAAUGCGAUCCGGAAGCUGCUUGCCAUUUUUGAACAAGAUAAAUGUCGGCAUGGCAGUUACACCAAGAUCCCGCGCGAUCUGCUGCUGCUUAUCAACGUCUACCUGGAGAAAGCGCACAUUUGUAUAGGUUUCGCUGAAUUCGCCGACUUUGGGAGCAAUAGCUUUGCAAGGACCGCACCAUGUGGCGAAGAAGUCGACAACAACGGGACCGGAGGCGGUUAA